AUGGAAGAAAAAGGUUCAUCGGUAAGAUUGGUUCGCUGCCCUAAAUGUGAAAAUCUUCUUCCUGAGCUUCCUGAGUACUCUGUUUACCAGUGUCGAGGCUGUGGUGCUGUUCUUCGAGACACAGAUGAAGUUGGCGAAAUUUUAAACAAUGAAAAAGCUCACAAAAGUUCUCAUCUUCUCGGCAGCAACAAGUGGAAAAACCCUAGAAAUUUCGCAGCUAGUGGUUCUCCGAUUCAUAAAGCUGGCGGUUCGACGGUGGUGUGGGGUGGUGCUGCUGUUCUAGUGUUCCCAAUCCUUCCAUCCUCUAAUCGAUGCCUCCACCGCUUGCUUCCUCCUCCACCUUCUCUCUUUAAUCGCUGUGUAUGGCGGCUACCACCAGAAGAUUUAUGGCGACUUCACUUGAUUCUGGCGACUUUCCUUCUUCAUAACAGCUUAUCCAAUUGCAUCUGGAAUCAAUGAUGGACAAUAGAGAUACACCAAGUUCGAUUCGUCGUCCCCUGCUUGGAUUCCGACGACUUCGAUUGAUUCCGUGCUCAACAGGGCAGUAAAUAUGAAAUGAAUAGGGGAUGUUUUCCUGUCCAGUUGAUCCUCUUUUGUAUCAGAGUUCUUACCGGUUAAUUGCACUUUGUUGUAGUUUGGUAUGGAUGAAGUUAUGGCUGCCACCCACCAGAAAAGUCAACCUAGGAUGGGCUUCAUGCAAAAUUAAGAAGAUUUAAGUGGCCACACAAGGUUGUUGUCGAUGAUGUUAAUGUGUCUUCUCAGCCCUCCACUCCUCUAUUUGGAUUUGGGUUCUGGCUACUAGAGAGGGAUGGAAUAAGCUAUAGUGAUGAAGAGGAUGGUAAGAUAAUGAGCAUUAGGGUGGAUGUCGUUAAUCCAGGCUAAGAGGGUGUUUCAGGAUACCAAAUCAAGGCUUCGUCAAAAUAUGGACCAUGGAGAACGGCAUGCACCAGUAAAAAUGAAACAUUGAGCAAUUUCCAUAUCUAUAAGGCUCUGGCUGAACCUUAGGAUGGAAUUGGAGCAACAAAGGAAUGAUUUGAUCAAUUGUGGCAAUGGCUAUAGGAGGAUUUAAGGGAUGAAUUUACUAGGCUCUUUAAAGCUAAUAUGUCGCAAUCUCUUUCCAACCUGGAAACCCAAAAAGAUUGGAUUGAAAGUAACAGCAUCUGUUCUUCUUUCUCUAAUCCAAAAAAGAUACUUUUGGAUGAUGUUACUUUUCAAAAGAUAGGUCUACAUGGAAUUUGCAUUUAUGGUUGAUGUUGUAUGUGUAAAAAUUAACUUAGAAAAGGACGUUGGCAUUUGAUAUUGAUGUAUACAUGGUAGUAUUUGGAUAUGAUGAAAAAUUAGAGGACUGAAGUUGAAUAAGAACUGGUAGGUUGGGUU